AUGGCACCGGGGUGGGCCCUCGAUAAGCAACAGCAAGCAACGAUGCCCGUGGAGCCCCCGAAACGCGGAAUUCGACCACAGAGCGGCUCUCAAAUCACGUGGUAUCAAGCCUUGCCCUUUUCGGGGGAUCCUCGGCUAUUCGUCCCACACGGUCAGGGCAUUGACACCUGCGUGCAGUUGAGACCAACCCUCCACGUCCCCCGCCCAGAGUUGACCCCUGGCCGUCAUGACAUCCCGACCAAGAUCCAUGCUCGAUCGUCCGAUGAGAUUGCUGACCAAAUCGUAUGGGCCACUGGGGCGUGGUCGUUGAUGCUCUCCGGCCCCUACAGUUCCGACUUGGGCGGAUGGCAAAGAGAUGUCGGUCAAAUCAAGUCCCCUCCCCCGUUCACGAAUGGAACAGGUUGGAUGGCCGCUGGAGCCAGUGGCCACACCCAUGGAGAAUCGUUGGCUUCAUCCGCGAUCGAAGAUUAUCCACCAUCUGUUGGAGGCAUGCUCUCUCUCUUCUCGUGCCCACUUCUCCGCCACUCGGGAAUCAUCGCCGAUCGAGGAGCCUUGCUAUUCUUAUGUUGCUCCCGUUUCUACCAUGAUUCAAUAAGCAUGAUGCCUGGACGCGGAGUCCAUCCCGUGGACAGUACAUUUUCCAUGACGGAAACCAGGAAAGAGAGACACCCGAGUUCACGUCUAGAAUACGAACAAGAGUAA